CAAAUUACCAAUAUUCUGGCUUCUUUAAUUCCGUGGAACCUAACGAUUUUUAAUUGGUACAGACAUGUCACUUGGACCUUUGGAAAAAAUUUCUAGGGAGGAGACUUUACGUCUUCGCAAAACUUUUAUUGGUCCUUUUUCUAGGCGCAGAGGGGGACCCCAUUUAACAUCAUUCCAGAAUGAAGACAUGCAGCCUUAUUCCUCUUCCUGAACACUUGGAACGAAUUAUUGCCACUUCCCCUAUAGGGGCUAACAUCAUUAAUAAAACAUAAUUCAAAAGUAGCUGUCUACAGAGAAGACAGCUACCACACAGAAUGUUUGGGUUUUAAACAAAUGAAUAUUUAUAAUUAAAGAGAUAAUAUCCUGUCCUUCCCCUCUGCUACAGCCUGUGGUUUGACGUCACACAGGCUAACUAACCCGUUUCUCCUAUUCGUCAUCGAGGGGAAGGGAGUCUUGCACACUUUUUUUCGAGCAGGACCCAUUGAAAAUUGUCAGAGGUGAAGGACAGUACAUGUAUGAUGAGAAUGGCAAACAAUACCUGGACUGUAUCAACAACGUUGCUCAUGUGGGUCAUUGCCACCCUCGUGUGACUAGAGCAGCAGUGGAACAAAUGAAUCUUUUGUACACCAACAGUCGUUACCUCCAUGAUAAUUUAGUACUGUACGCUCAAAAAUUAGUUGCAACUUUUCCACCAAAACUCAACGUAUGCUACUUUGUCAAUUCUGGAUCAGAAGCAAAUGAUUUGGCCCUGCGAUUGGCAAGAGCUCAUACUGGUCACGAAGAUGUCAUUGUCUUAGAAGGGGCCUACCAUGGAAAUUUGUCUACAUCUACGGACAUGAGUCCAAUGAAAUUCGAGAAAAUUACUGGAGGAAAAAAAGAUUAUGUUCAUGUGGCUGCUCUGCCUUGCAGUUACAGAGGUUUGUACACCGCCGAAGAAUAUGGCGACGAAGUUGGUCAAAAAUAUGCCGAAAACGUGCUCAAUGUCAUCAAUAAGAUUCACUCUCAAGAGAGACAGCUCGCUGCUUUCUUUGCAGAAUCGAUGGUCAGUUGUGGUGGUCAAGUGUUGCUGCCUAAAGGAUAUCUCUCCGAAGUUUACAAAUAUGUUUGCCAGGCAGGUGGUGUGUGCGUUGCAGAUGAAGUGCAAACUGGAUUUGGGCGCGUGGGCAAGCACAUGUGGGCCUUCGAAUUGCAAGGAGAAGAUAUAUGUCCUGAUAUUGUUACUAUCGGAAAACCAAUGGGAAAUGGACACCCAGUUGCUGCUGUAAUAACCACCAAAGAAAUUGCUCGUAAUUUCAAAGGACUUGGAGUAUCUUAUUUCAAUACGUACGGUGGAAAUCCUGUUUCUAUGGCAAUUGCAAACGCAGUUUUGGAAGUAAUUGAAGAUGAAGAUUUGCUGACUAAUGCAGAUGUCGUCGGCCAGAAACUCUUGGACAGCCUUCAAGAAUUGAAACAAAGGCAUCCACUUAUCGGUGAUGUUAGGGGUGUUGGCUUCUUUAUCGGCAUUGAUUUAGUGAAAGACAGAAACACAAAAGCUCCUGCGACUGAAGAAGCAGCAUAUAUAAUUGCCAGAAUGAAACAAGAAGGUGUUUUGCUGAGUGCUGAAGGAAAAUAUGAAAAUGUUCUCAAAUUCAAGCCCCCUAUGGUAUUCAAUUCAGAGAAUGCUGAAACAUUGGUCAAGAAACUGGACAUAAUCCUCACAGAAGUGGAGAAUAAAAAGCCGCGCAGUGUGAGUGAAUCCUCCGUGUCUAGUGAUUCUUCAAGUUCAGAUGACGACAUGGUCUCAGCUUCGUCAUCCAGCUGAAAUCUUUUGGAAUAACUAUUUUUGUACAUAGAUUUUUAACUACUGGACAUUUACACAUCCUCAUAUAUCCCUUGUUUUCAUUUAAGAAUAUUUAUCUCUUAUAAAUCACCACGAACAAGGGAAAUUCAAUCUUCCUUUGAAAACAGUUUCGUCAUAUGCAUACUUUUAAAUGACUCUAUUUUAUAAUUCUUUAGAAUUUUGCAAAAAAAUAAUAUUAUUGAAUAAUUGAGAUUUUUUUUUCUAUUUAACUCAAAUUUGUCUGAAUUUACGUUGAAAAAUAUGCAAUUAUGAUAAAUUUGUUCGGAAAAGUUAAUCUUUUGCACUGUUCAUAAUGAGAAAAACUGAUCCAUCUGAAAUCUCUAGUAUUUUUUUCUCUUUUAAUCUUACUUAAAUAAUAAGGAAAUAUAUUCUUUCUUUUUCUUAAAAAAAUAUUAAAGCUUAUUAUAGGAUUGUUCCAAUAAAUUGAAUAUUAAAUGACCAACAUUUUUUAAUAAUCAUUGAGAAUAUUCAGGUUUAUUUAAUUAAUGAAAAAUUAAAAUCAAAAUGAAUGCGAUUAAAUAACAUCACUUUUCAUCAUAUAGCAUUUUCAUUCCCAUUUGAUCAAAGUUUUGCACAAGAACAAUGAAUACGAUUAUAUCUAUUGUUAAAUAUUUAUAUUGCUGAGAAGGAGAAAAAGAAUAUAUAUUUCCUCUAUAAGAAAAAGUGACUGAGUUAAUUUGAAGACUAGUUCUCACUUUCGUCCUUUUUUGUAAAUGCCCUGUUCAUUUCUUCUGUGUCUUAUAUAGAAAUUUCAUAAAUCCGUUGAUAGAAUUUAUGCAUUGAAUAUUUUAUCUAGAAAUGACUACCUUAUAGAAUUCAACUGUUUAAUCAAUUCUUAGUAAGAUAAUUAUUCUUUAAGAUACUAGCGUUUCAAAGUUUUAUAACUCUUUAGUUAAAAUCCUGAAUUGUGUGCCUUAGAACGCUAAUUAUAAAAGAAAUUAGAAAUAAUAUAUGCAUAAAGGUUUUUUUUAAUUAUUUUUAAUUAUAAAAUUAGCAGCUAUUUUUCAAAGUAUUUUUGUAGUAAUAACUUAUCUUAUUAAUUGCAAACAACGAAUAUUGAAACUCUAUUACUGAUCGCUCGAGCUCAGCAGUUUUAUGAUGAUAUUCACUUAAAGAGUUGUACUGUUAUGCAUAUACCUAUAUUAUAUAACACAUAUUAUAUGGAAUACUUAUUUUAUAUAUGAUACUUACUGUAGAUAACGUUUUAAUUAGCACUGUAAAUACGUCAUCAAGGUCGAGUGAGCUGUUGAGAGUAUGAUGCUAUGGAAUGAAAUGAAUGUAUUUCUCUAUUUUGUUUAAUAAAAUUCUUUAUAAAAUCUU